AUGCUAGCUCCACCUCCGCUCCACAUAGCGUCGCUGCAGGCCGCUUCCUCUGCCCCUGCCUCGCUGCGUCGCCUCCACUUGGUCGCGUCGUCCUCGCUCCCGCAUGACUGCUCGCCUCCGCGCGGCUCCACCAGCACCCGCACCUGGCCGCCUCCCCGCGCCCACAGAUGCCCGGCCGCGCCUGGUCGCCUUCGCGUUGCGCACGCGCCGGGCUCGCCUCUGCGCCCGCCCGCCGGCUCCUCGUCGCCGCGCUGGCUCCUCGACGCCGCGUCCCCCGCCCCAUGGUCGCAUGCCCCGCUCUUGCUGGCUCCGCCCCGUGGUCGCGUGCCUCGCACCUGCCGGCUUCACCCACCUCCACCAACCGGAGCCGGUUGCCGCCCGUCGCCGCUCUCACUGGGCCUCGCGCACCUCUCCGCCUGGCAGCGUCGCCCUCUCCCCGUGCACCCGGACGCCGAAUCCUUUUGCCGCGACUCGGCCGUCGGCUGCUGCCGCGCCCCGGCCUCCUGCGCUGGCCAGCUCCGCCCGGCGAUCCGGACUGCCGGCUCCGCCCGCGCCGGCUUCACCGGCGACCCGGCCUGCCGGCUCCCCCCCCAACUUGGACGACCGGCUCCGCCACCUGCCGUCUCCGCCGCAACCCGGCCGCCGGCUGCCGCCGUCCCGCUCGUGCCGACUGCCCAGGCAGUGAAGGAAAUGCCAACUCUUCUCGCAGCUGGCUUCCCGCGGCGGGCUUCCCCGCCCCCGGCUCAGUCUGGCUCCGCCUACGCCGGCUCCCGCGCCCUGCGGCCCGGCCGGCUGCGCUCCAUGCCCCGGCGCCGGCUGCGCUCCACGCCCCGGCGCCGGCUGCGCCGUGCGCCCCGGCGCCGGCUGCUUCCCUUCGGCCGUCUGCGCCGCCCCGCCUCGUACGCCACUACUGCUCGCGUCGUCUUCGCGCGCGCCUGCCCGGCCGUCUCUUGCCUGCGCGCCCUCGCCGGCUCGCCGCUCCAGCCGACCUCCGCGUGCUCGGCCAGCUCCCGCGCUGGCCGCCUUCCGCCUGCCCGCGUCUGCCGGCUCCCGCACGCCCGCCUGGCUCGGCCUCCGCCCGGCCACUCCCCCACCCGGCUCACCUGGAUCUCCGGCGCCGCCCUGCGCCUGUCCGGGUCUGGUUGCGCCCGCCCUUGGCCGGCCCCGGGUCGCCGCUCGUGCCCCGCACCGUGGCUGCCCACCCGCUCAGAGACUCGAGCGGAAAGAAGAAAGGAGUAG